GGAUAACGUAGCUUUCCAGAUAUUUCCUAAUAUUUGGCCAUAUUCUUCUAGUUCCGACAAUGCAGCCACAUUGGCAAAUUGAGCCAAGGAAUUAAACGGCUUGUUAUCACACAAAGCAAAGACUACAAUGACGACUAUGCGCCGCUCCCCAACACCAUUCAAUGAGUACAGCAAUGCUAUGAGCCUAUAUACGAGAGUUCAGCUAGCGACAGUUAUGACACCAGACUUAAUAGUUCCAAGAGCAGCAACGAUAGUGCUUAACGUCACUUAUACUCUACCUCAGGAAGCAGCUACCGCAAGCUAUAAUUUAGCAUGCGGGUUUCCCGAAACUGGUCCUCGGAAAGUUUUGAUCAUGAACGGUGCAAGCGUGAAGAGCGGGCGCAUUCCUCACUUGUAUCAGCCUUUUGGGAGAUAGCAUGAAGAUCAUAGUGGGGGGAUAGUACUGCUGCUCGAGUAGUUUCACGCGUGGUAG